CGAUCUGGCCGUAUAAUUCUCUUGAACGGGUUCCCAGGCGUCGGCAAGUAUUCUAUCGGCCGCAAACUUCACGCCUUGUUUGAACCCGCUCACGUGCGAUUUGUCGACAACCAUGUCUUGAUAGAUCCAGCGCAGGCUAUUGCACCCGGACGAAAUAGCGACCACAAAGAGCUUCGUCGUGCUUUCCGCAAGGUUGCAUUCGAUGCACUGUGCAACAUUCCUGGCCAGGAUGUGACCAUCAUACUCACAUCUUGCCUAAGCUCUGCAACAGAGGAUCGAGAAGUCUUUGAAGAACAUCUCCGCAUCGCCAGCUGUCGAGGUAUACCCAUAUACAUCUUCAAUAUCAUUUGCGCACCAAACGAGCAUAAAGUCCGACUAUCCGCCCCAGAGAGGUCUGCAGGCACGAAAACGAAAUUGCUUGACUCCGAAAUUUUGAACAGCAUGAUGAGCAAGCAUCGGUUGAUGCGUCUCUCAGACCUCGACGAAAGUCACGAAGGAGAUGUUGAACGAAGGCUGUUCGAGCUGGAUACGUCCGGACAAUCCAUCGAAGAGAGUGCUGCCAAGAUACUC